AGUUGACAUCUAUGUGACAUUUGUUUAACCUAAAAUGUCAUUUGUGACAAUUUGUUCGUAAUUUUUAUUUACGAUUUGUUGAUAGAAUGAAUUGUUUUUGAUUUAAUUUAAAGUGUCAUGUCUUUAGUUAAUACCGUAUUUCGAUCAAAAAAGUCACCAUUAACCAAAAUCAGGAUUUUGAAGAAUUUAAAAAAAAUAAGACACUUUUCGAUCAGUGCUUUAGUUCACCAAAAAAAUGAUGAACAUAUUAUGCAUGUGUUCGACAGAAACACCAAGAGUUUGCAGAGGGAAAGGGCGGCUUCGGCCCAAGAUGCGAAUUUGUAUGAUUAUUUAAAAGAUGAGAUUGGUUAUAGGUUGGCUGAUAGGGUCUUUGAUAUUAAACGCAAAUUUAAACUGGCUGCCGACAUAGGUUGCAGCAGAGGCUAUUUCUCCAAACAUAUUUCACCUAAAUGUAUUGAAGAACUAAUUUUAUGUGAUAUGAAUCGCUUUAAUUUAGAUAGUGUUCAAGUACAAAAGGGUAUUAAAGUUAAGAAACAAGUUUUAGAUGAGGAACACAUUGAGUUUGAACCAAACUCCCUUGAUCUGGUUAUAUCAAGUUUGAGCUUGCAUUGGGUGAAUGAUCUACCAAAUGCAUUUAAACAAAUUUUAAAGUCGCUCAAAGAGGAUGGUGUUCUUCUUGCAGCAGUUUUUGGAGGAGAUACUCUAUAUGAAUUGCGUUCUUCUCUCCAAUUGGCUGAACUAGAACGUCGUGGGGGCAUUUCUCCUCACAUAUCUCCAUUUACUGAAGUUAGAGAUAUUGGCAAUUUGUUGACAAGGGCUGGUUUUACAAUGCUCACAAUCGAUACUGAUGAAAUUGUCGUGAAUUAUCCCACUUUAUUUGAAUUAAUGUGGGAUCUUAAAGGUAUGGCAGAGAGUAAUGCUGCUAUUAAUAGAUCACUUCAUUUGCAUAGAGAGACACAGUUUGCUGCAGCAGCAAUAUACCAACAACUUUACGGUAAAACCGACCCCGAAACUGGAAAGACCACAAUACCUGCUACCUUUCAAAUCAUUAAUAUGCUAGGAUGGAAGCCUCAUCCUAAACAACCUAAACCACUAGAGAGAGGAACUGGAGAAGUAUCAUUAAAGGAUUUGUACAAACUGGAUGAAAUUAUUAAAGAAGUGAAGAAGAUCAAAAGCGAUGAUGAGCAGAAGAAUUAGUUAACAGUUAUUAGACUAUUUAGUUUAGUUUGUAUAUUUGAAGUUUCUAUAUUUUACUAAUCUGUUGAAAUAAAGUCUGUUUGUCUCAGUGA